AUGGGGCCAGUGUCCGGGGAACUACACGCAGUUUCAAUGCUCGGCAUGGAUCGCGUUAUGAAGUGCAUGGUUAUGUUACCGGUCAGUGAACACCUAAUUGCCAAGGUGUUUUGCAAUGCAAUUCUCGUGUGUACUGUGGUGUUCUCCACUCGCUGGCGCUUAAGAUUCGACUAUGAAAUCAACUACGAUGUCCGCAAUGAUCAAUUUUCGCGCUUCAUCGAUAUGACGAAUUAUGUGGCUAUGAUAGUUAGCCACAUUAUUAUUGUAAUGGAGCUGGUAUGGCUUAAAAGAAACGAUGAAGUUAAUAAUCAGCUGGAAGGUAUUCGUCGUGAGAUGAAUGUGCUCCUGGGCAUCGAAGUGAACUUGCAGCGAGUUCGGGGAUAUUGCAAUGCGGUUUAUGCCUCUCUAUUUAUCCGCUGCCUGGUGUUUGGCCUGGCAACUAUUAUUGCCAAUCGACCCCUUACAUACUAUGCCAUCUACUCGGAAAUUGUCCUGCUGGUGCGAUUCUCCCAGUUUAGUUUGUUCUGUGCCGUCAUUUUGGCCCUUUACCAGGAGCUCACACCGGCUGGUCUAAGUGUCCUGGCGGAACUGGAGUCCUCACUGUACGAAUUGGAUUCGGUACGCCAAUCGUCCAUAGAGAAUUUGGCCAAGUUGCAGCGGUUGCAUGGAUUAUUGUGGCAGGCUAUCCGCUGCCUGGAGCACAAUUUCCAGAUUUGUUUAAUUACCAUGCUAAUGAAGUUUUUUGUGGACACCUCGGCGAUGCCUUAUUGGCUCUACCUCAGCAAUGUGCAGAUCACGGGUUGGCGCUCCAAUUGCUGUUAG